CCUUUCCAGUGCAUCUGCAUGACUGACAACUCCUCCCUGAAAGACAUGAUGAUGUAGCCAUGCCUGUUAGGAUGGCAGGAACUGUUUUAGUAGUGGCAGUCAUCAUGUUUCUGACAGGAGUUCAGGCUCAGUCUGUAACUCUCUCCUCUCAGAGUAUCUGUGCUGUUAAUGGAUCUAAAGUAAAAAUCUCCUGCACAUUUACACAAUCUUAUUCUUCUUGGGUCAGAGAGAGAGAGUGGUAUCUGAACUCUGAUGAUGUAGAACGAGUUCUGAAAAAAGAUACAGAAUUCUCAGAACGAGUUUCUGUAAACUCAGGGUGGAAAAACUGUGAACUGACUCUGAAGGAUGUGAGAGUGAGCGACUCUGGACUUUAUAACUUCAGAUUUAAAACAUCAAACAGUGACUGGAUAUCAGCUUCAUUCGGAGUUAAUCUCACUGUUACAGAUUUGCAGGUGAAGGUGGAUCAUAAAACUGUAGGACAGAGAAGGGUGAAAGUGACCUGUAGCUCCACCUGCAGCCUCGGUACAAACCAAAAAUACAUCUGGUACAGAAAUGAAAACAGACUGUCUGGAUAUACUGGUGUGUCUGUUGAGAUAUUCUAUCAGGGAAGAUACUCCUGUGGGGUGUCUGGGAGUAUUCAUCGUUCUCCAUCAGUGUGUAAGUAUCAGAGUAUUGGUACAGAGUGCUGGGGUGUGACGUACACUCCUCAACAUGUGUGUGCUCUAAAAGGAUCAUCAGUUGAUCUCCCCUGUUCUUAUGAAUACCCUGAAGGAUACAGAACAGUGACAAAAACAGUGUGGUUCAUUAAAGAUCAGACUGCUGCUGAACCUGAGGAUCUGAGAGUGGAUAAGGAGUAUCAGGAACGAGUGCAGAACAUCCAGAACUCCCACAACGACUGUAGUAUUAGAAUCAAUAACCUGAGAGAGAGCGACACUCAAACAUACAGAUUCAGAUUCUACACUGAUGAUCCUGGAGGCAGAUAUACUGGACAGCCUGGAGUCACUCUGACUGUUACAGAUCUGAAGGUUACAUUGUCAAAAGACCAUUAUGGAACAUAUCUGACCUGUAGCAGCACCUGCAGUCUGACUGACCGCCCCGCUUACAUCUGGUACAAGAACGGCCAGCCUUUAUCUAACCAGCACAUUGAUUAUCCCUACCUUUAUACCAGUACUGUGGGUGCAGGCAGCUACUCCUGUGCUUUAAAAGGAUUUGAGGAUCUUCGCUCUCCUGCUGUCUACUCUCCCAGAAACACCAGAGCGGAGCUGGUUUCCUCUGGAGAGAUAGUGGAGGGGGAUUCAGUGACUCUGAGCUGCAGCAGUGAUGCAGAUCCUCCUGUUCUCUCCUACUCCUGGUUUAAUCAGAGAAAACCUGCAGAAACACCACUGUCUACAGAACAGAAUUACAGCAUCACCAGCAUCAGCUCCCAGAACAGCGGACUCUACUACUGCACUGCUCACAACCAGCUCGGGCAUCACAGCUCAACACCCAUUCAUCUGAAUGUGUUAUAUCCUCCUAGAAACACCAAGGCACUGAUGGUUUCCGCUAAAGAGAUAGUGGAGGGGGAUUCAGUGACUCUGAGCUGCAGCAGUGAUGCAGAUCCUCCUGUUCUCUCCUACUCCUGGUUUAAUCAGAGAGAACCUGCAGAAACACCACUGACUACAGACCAGAAUUACAGCAUCACCAGCAUCAGCUCUCAGAACAGCGGAUUCUACUACUGCACUGCUUGCAACCGCCUCGGACAACACAACUCAACACCCAUUCAUCUAAAUGUGUUAUACCCUCCCAGAAAUCUUACUUUAUCUCACUUUGUAAAUGGAAACUCAGUCACACUGAUGUGCGUCAGCGAUGCCAACCCUGCCAGCUCUUACACAUGGUACAAUAAGACAGGAAGUGACAUCACACCAGUUGGAAACAGCACCAAUUUAACUGUGGCGGCAGGAGCACAUGGAGUUUUCUAUUGUAUGGCAAGGAAUACAUUUGCGUCAUACAACUCAUCAGAAUGGUUAUUUACACCAGAGAACACCUCUGCAAAAUAUGCAGCCUCUGCAGUUCCUGUGGUUUUCCUCCUGAUAUUCAUUGCUGUGUUUUUGUGGCUAAGGAAAAGAGCAGCGGCUACCACCAGCAGGAGUGAAGAGAACAGUGAAAAGGAUGUCUCCACUCCAGUGUAUGAUAAUGUCCCAGCUAUGACCUCUGGUCCCUCAAGGCCUGCAGCCUCAGAUGACGAGGAUGACGUUCAGUACUCCAGUGUUGUUUUCAAACACUCUCAAGUCCAAGACGAGUCUCUCUACUCCACGGUCCAGCAACCAAGCGCUCUGACACAAGAAGAAGACGAAGUUGAGUACGCCACAGUGAAUCUUGUGAAACAAAAACCUGUUCGGAAAACCGAAGAGCCAAUCUACAGCAUGGUCCAGAAAACCUGAGAAGAACAAACUGCAAGUCCCAAUCAGUCCAACCUUGUCAAAAAAUCUUCAUAUACUCUUUAAAUUAUUUUCAGAUGCAGCUUAUUCAUCAUUGAUAUUACAUUAUACCACAGUCCGACCCUGCAAUGUGAUUGGCUGAGAGGAGUUUUAUCAGUUACAUUAUUAGCCGCUAAUGCACUGUAACUGAAGCUCUCCAUGUAAUAAUCCGCCAUAUACAGGUAACCUAGCAAUGAUGUAGCUCUUACCAACCAAAUGUGAUAUACCACUGUGAGGCGCUAGACACUAGGCACAGUGCAGAAAUGCCAUGUCUCCAAUAGGCGGCGCAGACAAAGACUUGGUCCACACAAAUAAAUAAGCCCGAAGAUAUGCAUCAUUACACACAUUAUCAGCCACCAAUAUCAGGUUAAGAGUUAAUAUUAUUAAAAUAAAAAGCAUGUGUGUAUAUAUUUUCCAGUUUAUACAGGGUAGUUUAAGCUGAAUGUAAGGUGGAAUCUUGUAAUUCCGCAGGUCUCGCCGCUGGGGGCACCAAAGUAACAGAACUUUUAAUUCUUAAAAAAAACAUUAAAAAGACUUUAAUCUACCGUAUUUUUCGGACUAUAAGGCGCACCGUAUUAUAAGACGCACUAUCAAAGAACGCCUAUUUUCUGCUAUUUUUCCAU